AUGGUGGGUUGUUCCAUUGGCUCUGGCCUCUCUUUUGGUAGCUCCCCAACUUUUGUCAUAGCCACUCUUUGCUUUUUCCGAUUUUGGCUAGGUUUUGGCAUUGGUGGCGACUACCCGCUUUCAGUGACAAUUAUGUCGGAGUAUGCCAAUAAAAGGACUCGCGGGGCGUUUAUAGCGUCGGUUUUUGCAAUGCAAGGGUUUGGGAUUUUGGCUGGUGGGAUGAUGGCUAUUGUUGUUUCUUCUAUCUUUCGCGCCCUAUACCAUGCUGACCCCUACUCAGUUGAUCCGAUCGGAUCGACUGUGCCUCAGGCAGAUUACGUAUGGAGGAUUAUUCUCAUGUUUGGAGCAAUUCCUGCUGCAUUGACUUUCUAUUCACGGAUGAAAAUGCCGGAUACCCCUCGUUACACUGCCUUGGUAGCCAAGGAUCAAACCAAGGCUUGCCAAGACAUGGCCAAAGUGUUGAAUGUUGAGAUCAAAGAGAAACAACAAGUAGCGCAGCCACAAAACAACAGGUCCUCAAAGUUUGCUCUAUUUUCCAAAGAGUUUCUUAGGAGACAUGGGUUACAUUUAUUGGGCACGGCCUCCACAUGGUUCUUGCUAGACAUUGCUUACUAUAGCCAAAACCUUUUCCAAAAGGACAUCUUCAGCGCUGUGGGAUGGUUGCCAUUAGCAAGCUCUAUGAGUGCCCUAGAUGAGCUUUACAAAAUUGCUAGGGCACAAACCCUAAUAGCCCUAUGUGGCACAGUUCCCGGGUACUGGGUCACAGUCUUCCUCAUCGAUCACAUUGGCCGAUUUGCAAUUCAGCUAAUUGGGUUUUUCUUCAUGACUGUUUUCAUGUUCGUCUUGGCAAUUCCAUACCAUCACUGGACUAGACCUGAAAACAACAUCGGAUUUAUUGUCAUAUAUGGUCUAACAUUUUUCUUUGCCAAUUUUGGACCCAAUAGUACAACAUUUGUUAUACCGGCAGAGAUUUUCCCAGCAAGGUUCCGAUCCACAUGCCAUGGGAUUUCCGCAGCUGAGGGCAAAGCCGGGGCGAUUAUUGGGGCAUUCGGGUUCUUGUAUGCAUCACAGAAUCAAGAUAAGGCUAAGACUGAUGCAGGGUAUCCUCCUGGCAUUGGAAUGAGGAAUUCUCUCAUUGUGCUUGGUGUGAUCAGCAUUUUGGGGUUCUUCUUUACGUUUUUGGUACCGGAGUCCAAGGGAAAAUCGUUGGAGGAGAUGUCAAGAGAGAAUGAAGUUGAAGGUGAUCAAGUGCAGCCCAACAGAGUUGAGGUUACUGUUUAG